UAGUUAUCAAAGGAAAACAAAAUGUAAUCUAUAAACCUAGUUAUUCAAAACCUAUAUGCAUACUAUCUUCCAAGAGUUGUAAUUAUAGAUAAACAUGAUUAUUUAAUUUUGUUACUCUGAUACCAUAGAGCAGAGUGCCAAAUUAAUGUCUAAUCUUAAUAUUCAUAUAGGCCUUCCAAAAGUUCCAGCUGAUAAUCUGACUUUUCAUUGUGUUAUAAACAAAUUGAAAAACUUUUAAAUGUGUAUCGCUAGACGAGAUAUGGAUUGUGUAUAUGAAGCUUAUUUCGAAUCUAACAAUCAUUGCGAACCUGAUGAUAUUCCAAGACUUUCAACACCCCUUUGGAUAUUCGGGAAAAAAUACAAUGCUCUAGAUGAUCUAGAGAAGAUUCGUCAGGAUAUAACAUCCAAACUUUGGUUCACCUAUAGAAAGAAUUUCGUACCUAUUGGUGGCGAUAAUGGAUAUGUUUCUGAUAAAGGAUGGGGAUGUAUGCUUAGAUGUGGUCAGAUGGUCUUAGGACAAGCCCUUUUAUUUUCUCAUCUUGGCAGAGAUUGGUUCUGGGAACCAGGAACCAAAGACUCUAUUUACCUUAAAAUAUUGAAAAGAUUUGAAGAUUCUAGACAAGCUCCUUUUUCAAUACAUCAAAUAGCCCUCACAGGUAUUUCAGAAGGAAAAUCUGUGGGGCAUUGGUUUGGACCAAACACAGUUGCUCAAGUUUUAAAGAGAUUAGUUCAAUAUGAUGAAUGGAGUUCUUUGGUAAUCCAUGUAGCUUUGGACAAUACAAUAGUAAUUAAUGAUAUAAAGGAGCUAUGUCGAAGAAAUGAUAUAAGUACGAAAUUACUGAAAGUUAAUUGGAUGCCAUUAUUAUUAGUAGUGCCUUUACGGUUAGGAUUAACUGAAAUGAAUCCAAUAUAUAUUCCAGGAUUGAAGAAAUGCUUUCAGUUCAGACAAAGUCUUGGUGUUAUUGGAGGAAAGCCCAAUCUAGCAUUAUAUUUCAUUGGGUGUGUAGGAAAUGAAGUGAUUUAUCUUGAUCCACACACAACACAAAGGGCUGGAUUUGUAAAUAAUAAGGAAAACGAGAGUGAAAUUGAAAUAGAUCUUAGUUACCACUGCAAAUAUGCAUCUAGGAUGAACAUAAACAGUAUGGAUCCUUCUAUUGCUGUUUGCUUUCUGUGUAAGACUGAAGCUGAAUUCAACGACUUAUGUCAACUGAUACAAGACAAUUUAAUAAUACCAGAAACUCAACCACUUUUUGAAAUAACGCUUGAGCGACCAACACAAUGGGUGUCGGUACCACCAUCAGUUUCAGAUGUUGAAGCAGCUGAAACAUCAUCCAUAAUUGCUGUGAGAAUAGACUCGGACAGUGAUUUUGAAAUUGUAUAAUUGCAGCUUCAUGAGAGUUUGACUGAUGGUACUCUUUCAUUCGUUAUUUCAAUUAUUCUAAUUAUAUCUGUGUACAGUUUUGUAAAAAUUUACUGAAGAAUAUUAAAUUUACACUUCGAAUCAA